CAAUUAACAUUAACAACCGGAAAGAAAAAAAGAUAAAUAUUGUUUUGGUAUCAAGAGGAAGACGGAGAAUUCGGUAAUCCAAAUCACCGUCCGUCCAGAACACACUUCCGGGCUAGAUCUCUGCAGAGCACACAUAUGAUAUAUGAUGGAUGGAUGGACCAUCGAGACUUAAACAUCUUAUAUCCUAAAUGAAUCAUACCUCCCAAGUCAGUUGAGGAGAAUGAAGCCUUUCUCUACGAAGAAGACGCUUUCGGGUGAAAGAAAACCGUGAGUUUCUGGGGCAAGGUGGACGACGGUUUACUUGGGAUGAUUCACGUGUAAUGAAAUUCUUUCAAGUUUAUUCUAUAUCUGGCAUAUGCAGUUUUUCUUCAAAAGCAAGGAUCACUUACAGAGAAGCAUAUUAAUAAGUACAAGCAAUGGGGACCGAAAAUCCCAACCAUGCAAACAACUAUUCAAGGCCACCUCAAAACAACAACUCACCUUUCUCAUCAUCUCGCCCUGUCGUUGGAUCACAGGCAUCUGCUUUCAGGCCAACACCAGUCCUUAGUACACCUCCAUCUGGACCAGAGGUUUCUACUUUUCGCCCAACUGCUUCAUAUGUCCCACCAACCACCGGACCCUUCCAGCGUUUCUCAUCCCCAACACCUCCACCACACACUUCUCCUAUUGGACAGCCACCUGCAAUGAGACCUCCUCCAACAAUGAGACCCCAGAUGCCACCAAUGCAUAUGGGUUCUUCACCUCUAAGCAUGAACGGGGCAGUAAAUUUGCAGCAAAGUCAACCUUCACUUGGGCCAACAAAUCCUUCUGCUGUCCGGGCUGCCCCAUCAUCUGCUUGGCCUGGCUAUACUGCAACACCGCCAGCACCUGUUUCUCAUAAAGGUAGUUAUGGGCCCGCUCCACCUCAGCCGGCUGCUUCUGGCUCCUUCUCUUCUCAUCAAGGCGGUUAUGGACCCGCUCCACCUCAGCAGGCCGCAUCUGGCUCCUUUUCUUCUCAUCAAGGUGGUUAUGGGCCAGCUCCACCUCUAGGAAUGUAUGUAGGGGGGCCCACACCUCCAGCGGGAGGUAUGUCGGGAUUGGUAGAGGACUUCAGCUCACUUUCAAUUGGGUCGGUCCCAGGAUCUUUUGAUGCUGGGCUUGAUUCUAAAGUGUUGCCAAGACCACUGGAUGGUGAUGUGGAACCAAGUUCUUUUGCUCAGAUGUAUCCCAUGAAUUGCAAUUCAAGAUAUUUGAGACUCACAACUAGUGCCAUACCAAAUUCUCAGUCCCUGGUUUCCAGGUGGCAUCUGCCUCUUGGAGCAGUUGUUUGUCCACUAGCAGAAGCUCCUGAAGGGGAGGAAGUGCCAGUUGUUAAUUUUGCCACCACAGGAAUUGUGCGCUGUAGGAGAUGUCGUACAUAUGUGAACCCAUAUGUAACUUUUACUGAUGGUGGAAGAAAGUGGCGAUGCAAUAUAUGUGCUUUGCUCAAUGAUGUGCAAAAUGAUUAUUUUGCUCAAUUGGAUGCCACUGGAAGAAGAAUUGAUUUAGAUCAACGUCCUGAGCUUACAAAGGGUUGUGUGGAGUUUGUUGCUCCAGCUGAAUACAUGGUCCGGCCACCAAUGCCACCUUUAUACUUUUUCCUGAUUGAUGUAUCAAUAAAUUCUGUUAGAAGUGGAAUGCUUGAGGUGAUUGCACAAACUAUCAAAUCUUGUUUGGAUAAGCUGCCGGGAAGCACCAGAACACAGAUUGGGUUCAUUACUUUUGACAGCACAAUUCAUUUUUACAACAUGAAGUCAUCUUUGACGCAACCUCAAAUGAUGGUGGUCUCUGAUUUGGAUGACAUAUUUGUUCCGUUACCAGACGAUCUCCUAGUCAACUUGUCAGAAUCUAGAUCUGUAGUGGAUGCAUUUCUUGACAGCUUGCCUUCCAUGUUUCAAGACAAUGUGAAUGUGGAAUCUGCUUUUGGACCAGCCCUUAAAGCAGCUUUCAUGGUUAUGAGCCAACUGGGAGGCAAAUUGUUAAUUUUCCAAAGUACUCUUCCAUCACUUGGUGUGGGUCGGUUAAGGUUGCGGGGAGACGAUAUUCGUGCGUAUGGAACAGAUAAAGAGAAUGCUCUGAGGAUACCAGAAGACCCAUUUUAUAAACAGAUGGCUGCUGAUUUCACCAAGUACCAGGUUGCAGUCAAUGUUUAUGCAGUCAGUGACAAGUACACCGACAUUGCUUCUCUAGGUACAUUGGCUAAAUACACAGGUGGUCAAGUGUAUUACUAUCCAAGCUUUCAUGCUGCCAUCCACAAAGACAAACUAAAACAUGAGUUGGCUAGAGACCUCACUAGAGAAACUGCUUGGGAAGCUGUUAUGCGUAUCCGAUGUGGGAAAGGGGUGCGUUUCACUUCCUAUCACGGCAAUUUUAUGUUAAGAUCUACUGAUCUGUUGGCACUUCCAGCUGUUGACUGCGACAAAGCUUAUGCAAUGCAGUUUGCCCUUGAAGAAACAUUGCUCACCACUCAGAUUGUUUAUUUUCAAGUUGCUUUACUACACACCUCAUCCUGUGGUGAAAGAAGAAUUAGAGUACAUACAGCUGCAGCAUCAGUGGUUGCUGAUUUAGGAGAGAUGUACCGUCAAGCGGAUACUGGUGCAAUUGUUUCUUUGCUUGGUAGAUUAGCAAUUGAAAAAUCUUUAUCCUACAAACUGGAAGAAGCUCGUAAUGCUAUUCAACUGAGAAUUGUGAAAGCACUUAAAGAAUACCGUAAUCUUUAUGCUGUACAGCACCGUGUAGGAACCAGAAUGAUUUACCCCGACUCACUGAAAUAUUUACUGUUAUACGCACUGGCUUUAUGUAAAUCAACAGCACUUCGUGGCGGUUAUGCCGACUCACAACUUGAUGAACGAUGUGCAGCUGGUUUCACGAUGAUGGCCUUACCUGUUAAAAAAAUGUUAAAGCUUUUGUAUCCUAGCUUGUUACGUGUAGAUGAGUAUCUAGUGAAGUCAUCUAUGCAGAGUGACGACUUUGAGAAACUUUGUAGAAGGCUGCCACUUGCUGCACAGAGCUUAGAUUCUAGAGGGAUUUAUAUAUAUGAUGACGGCUUUCGUUUGGUUGUGUGGUUUGGUCAAAUGGUUUCGCCAGAUAUUUCCAGGAAUCUAGUAGGGGAAGAUUUUGCUGCGGACUUCUCAAGGGUAAGUCUUGUACAACGCGAGAAUGAAAUGUCAAGAAAGCUGAUGGGGAUAAUAAAGAAACUUAGGGAGGCAGAUACAUCGUAUUAUCCUUUAUGUCAUCUGGUAAGACAAGGAGAACAACCGCGUGAAGGUUUCUUUCUACUUUCAAAUCUGGUUGAGGAGCAGGUUGGCGGUAUGAAUAGCUAUGUCGAUUGGAUACUUCAAAUACACAGACAAGUCCAGCAAUAACUAAUUCCAGAUGAUGCUGAAAAUGGAUGGAUGGUAAUAUCACCGGCCGGUUUGAGUAGACCCCUUCUGAUUGGUGAUUGUUUAGAAGAUUAAAUGGUAUGGUAUGGGGGUGCUUCUUCAUAGACUAGUCAGUCAUAUAUAUAUUUUUUAUUUUUACUUUUAUUUGUUCAGAAACCUUUUUUGUUUUUUGUUUUUGUGGUUUUACCCCUUGAUAGAUUUUUAAUGGGGGUGGUGUAUCUCUUUUCACAACUAUUUACUUGAUGCUUAUCAAACAGAAACAGUUUUGAAUAGCCA